AUGGAAGAAAAGCUAUCGUCGGUGGCGAAAACUCUAACACCAUCUCCAAUACAGCAACUAUCUUUUCUUGCUCAAAGAUGUGACGCCAUUAACCUCGCCGAAGGGUUUCCAGAUUUUCCUGCGCCUCUGCAUAUCAAAAACGCUGCCGUUUCGGCCAUCAAUUCCGAUUUCAAUCAGUACAGGCAUGUGGAAGGGAUAUGUGAUCACGUAGCCCGUAAAAUGAAGGAAAUGCAAAAAUUGGAUGUUGACCCCCUCACAGAUAUAGUUAUUUGCUGUGGGCAGUCCGAGGCAUUCGCGGCUACCAUCUUUGCAAUAGUUGAGCAGGGGGAUGAGGUGAUACUAUUUGAUCCUUCAUAUGAAACAUAUGAAACGUGUAUUAGGCUGGCUGGAGGAGUCCCGGUAUAUGUAGAUCUGGAUCCGCCUAAUUGGACGUUGAAUCUUGAUAAACUAAAGAAGUCUUUUACUACAAAGACAAAAGCUGUAGUUUUGAAUAGUCCUCACAACCCAACUGGAAAAGUUUUCUCCAAGGAUGAGCUAGAGAUCAUUGCUGGAGCUUGCCAGACCUGGAAUAUCCUAGCUGUAACAGAUGAAGUGUAUGAGCAUAUAACUUUUGACAAGGAAAGUCACAUAUCACUCGCCUCACUACCGGAAAUGCAGAAGAGGACCAUUGUGACAUCUUCCUUGUCAAAAACUUUUAGUGUAACCGGAUGGAGAAUUGGAUGGGCAAUUGCCCCAGCUUGGAUUGCUUCUGCUAUUAGAAACAUUCAUAUUAAAAUUACAGAUUCUGCUCCUGCACCUUUCCAGGAAGCUGCUUUGACUGCUUUGAGGAGUCCACAUGCAUACUUUGAUUCAUUGAGAAGAGAUUAUGAAUUGAAAAGAGAUUUCGUUGUUGACAUGCUUGAAAAGGUUGGCUUCAAGAUGCAAUUUAAGCCCAAGGGUUCCUUUUUUGUAUUUGCACCUCUUCCAGGGAGCUGCACUCUUUCUGAUGUUGAAUUCGUCGAGGAAUUAAUUAAACAAGCAGGGGUGGUUGCAGUAGCAGGGUGCGGUUUUUUCCAUACAAGUUUAUCUGCAGAGGAUUCUUCCCAGGCUGCACUUGGCUACCAGAGAAAAUAUAUCAGAUUUGCGUUUUGCAAAAGCGAAGAUACAUUGGCUGCUGCUUCAAAGAAGAUUAGUGGGCUUGUCGAUGAUGGCAGAGGUAUGAAAUAG